AUGGGGGAAGAGUCCUACUUCCGCACUAUUGAGGAGCUCCAGCAGAAGAUCCUGUGUAGCAAGUCUGAGGACGCCAGGUUGUUGGUCCAGAUUGACAAUGCCAAGCUGGCCGCUGAUGACUUCAGGACCAAGUAUCAGACAGAGCUGUCCCUGAGGCAGCUGGUGGAAUCUGACAUCAACAGCCUUCGCAGGAUCCUGGAUGAGCUGACCCUGUGCAGGUCUGAUCUGGAGGCCCAGGUGGAGUCCCUGAGGGAGGAGCUGCUCUGCCUCAAGCAGAACCACGAGCAGGAAGUCAACACUCUGCGCUGUCAGAUCGGAGACCGCCUCAACGUGGAGGUAGAUGCCGCCCCCACUGUGGACCUGAACCGAGUUCUAAAUGAGACCAGGUGUCAGUACGAGGCCCUGGUGGACACCAACCGUAGAGAAGUGGAGGAAUGGUUCACCAGACAGACUGAGGAGCUGAACAAGCAGGUGGUGUCCAGCUCAGAGCAGCUGCAGUCCUGCCAGGCAGAGAUCAUUGAGCUGAGACGAACGGUCAAUGCCCUGGAGAUCGAGCUGCAGGCCCAGCACAACCUGAGAAACUCCCUGGAAAACACGCUGACAGAGAGUGAGGCCCGCUAUAGCUCCCAGCUGGCCCAGGUGCAGUGCAUGGUGACCAACGUGGAGGCCCAGCUGGCGGAGAUCCGCCCCUCCUUUAAAAAUCACCCUUCUUGUGCUGACAACCUAAUGAUUCUGUGUCCCAGGCUGCCCUGCAACCCCUGUGCCACAACCAAUGCAUGUGACAAGCCUAUCGGACCCUGCGUCACCAAUCCCUGUGGGCCUCGUCCUCGCUGUGGGCCCUGCAACACCUUUGUGUGCUAG